AUGGCUAAUGGGACAUUGAGAGAGCACAUUUACAAGCAUAACAAGCCACCCUUUUCAUUGAAACAAAGGUUGGAUAUUUGCAUUUGUGCAGCUAGAGGUCUUUACUAUCUUCACACUGGUGCAAUGUACACUAUCAUCCAUAGGGAUGUGAAAACUACAAACAUUUUGGUGGAUGACAAUACAAUGGUAAAGGGAAGUUUUGGAUACUUGGAUCCAGAGUAUUUCAGAAGACAACAACUAACAGAAAAGUCUGAUAUCUACUCUUUUGGGGUUGUCCUAUUUGAAGAAAUGUUUGGAAGGUCAGCUCUAAAUGCUAGUCUUCCAAAGGAACAAGUCAGUCUAGCAGAGUACUGCCUUAAGUUGAAAAGUGAUCCUGAAGAACCAAAAAUGGUGGCAGAACAGAAAGCUAAUGAUGCUUAUGCUAUGCAUACAAAAUCAUUAACGGUUGCCGAAAACGGUAAGGAGUCAGAGGAGCACACAACGUCGAAAUUUCUUACGGAAGGGUACUAA